CAUAAGUAAAAGUAGCCUCCUCAUAUGCAGUGUUUUAUUAUUAAUAUUAGUAUUUCAUUUAUAGCAAUGUCUUAAUGUGUAAGCCUUCAUUUUUAGCUAAUUUUAACUACUUUUCAUACUUUUGGGUAGUUUCAUCUAACGUUAUAACAUUGCAUCAGAUUUUAUAAGAUGAUUAUGUUUUAUAGGCUAUGUAAAAUCUUAAUCUGCAAAGUCACAAGGAGUAACUACAGCUGUCGGAUAAAUAUUUUCCCUCUGAAAUGUAGUGAAGGAGCAGUAUUAAGUUAAGUACAAGUACUUCAAAAUUGUAUUUAAUUAUGGCUACAUAGAUAAAUGUGCUGUCUACCACUGUGAUACACUGCCUACCAUACCAGCUAUAAUAAAGACACUUUUUACAUGAGCUAUAUAUGAAAAUGUUAUGGAAAAUUACUUUAAUCCUUUAUAGCCGCUCUGUCUGUGUCCGAUCACCUGAUCUAACCAGCACGAGAAUGGAAAGAUGGAGUGACAUCAAGGAAGGAAUGAAAUGCUUGGAAUUCAGGAUGGGAGGAAACGGAAAAUACACGAUGCAGAGAAGGAUCUUCAGCAAGUACAGGCUGAGCGUCCAACUGGCAAAAGAUAAAGGCAGAUAUAAAAAGACAACUCAGAGAGCAACGCUUUGUGGUCGAGGAGGCAGCGAGGUUGAAACAGAAAUGUACAAGGAGAGGUUGCAGAACAAGUAUCGUAAAGUCCCGACCAACAAGCUGACCUCGGUCAACAGUCGCUGGUGUUUUGUUAACAUGAGGAGCCUCGAUGGGUUAAACGAAAGCCCUCCGAACCUAUCCGGCACCCAGAGAGGCGUCUCACCGGUUAUCUUCAACGGCACUCCGAACAACACCUCCAAUCAAACGCCUCAAAAGCGCAUCUCUAAAACGCACGCUUGCUUCUCAAAGCAGAUGAUUCGUAAGCAAAUCCGCAGAGAGUAUGUGGCCGGUUUGGAGGAGAAACUCACUCAGCAUCCUUUAACCCUGUACCCACAUUACAAGGACCACAUGUCCCCAGAGUUAUUUAAUAAGCUGGCAACUGUUCUAGACCCAGACGUGUGCGUAAUCAGCUCCUCUGCAUUUCCUGCACCUGCAUUAGUGGAGGAGGAGGAAGGAGGAAACUACACAGAGCCAAUACCUGACAGCAAACAAAGCAGAAUGAGGACAUGAAGUCUCUGUUUUUCCGGACUUCACACAACAACCAAUGUAAUGUUAAAAUGAUCAUACGAGCGACUUUUGUUUGACUCCUAAAGGACAAAGAGACUAAUACUGAAUCCACCCUCCUGGGACAUUUUGACAGCGGCCUUCAAGACUCUUUGUCAACAACUUUCGCGAUUCAAGACGAGAACGCACACAGUUUCUCACGUCAAGCUACAAACAGGCAGCACGGUGAUGUUUUAAAAGCAAAAUUAAGUACAAAAAGAGCAUGUAAGUCAAAACAGUGUUGACCCUCUACUCAAAAAUAUGUCUUUCAUCGUGCAUGUUUGAGCUUCACUGUGCAGAAUGACGUACGUACAGUUUGACACUAGAAGGCUGUUAUCACAUUUAUCUGCUGGAAGAGGAAUGUUUCUCUGAGCUCACCUUAGAUAUGAUUUUAAGACAUGUACCGACAAGCGUGAUCUGUGGCAUCACAACUAGUUUAGAGCCAAUCGUGGUCCAGAAUGCAGCUUACGCAAGUGUGAUGUGGAAACGUGAAGCCUCCAACACACAUAUACUGAGAAAGGACUUUACAGUGAAGUAGGGGACGUCUUGUGUCCAGCAGUUAAACUUCUGAAAUGAAAUACAGUAUAUUUACAUGUUCAUAGACUCUGGAUCUUAAAUGAGAUCGAAGGAGUAGGGUUUUUUUUGUUUGUGGUUUGUCAAACUGCACAUUUAUCAUUCUGCACAGUGGAGCUCAAACGUCCAACGGAAGUAACAAUAAGCAAAUCAUAUUUUUAAGAGGAGGGGAACUGAGGACUAAACCGUCUGCCACAAAAUCUCAAGACAAUUCAUGUCCCUUUAACAUCCAUUCAACGUUCUGUAUGAAACAGUUGGUUUGUUGACGAGAUGAGGAGCUGAAACAGAUGUAUGGAACCGAAACUGUCAGGAGAUAUGUAAUCUACAAUGGACCAAGAGCGUCAAAGGUAAAAGACUAUACAGAGAGAGGACCAGUGUGUUGUUUCAGUGGAACGCACAGCAUCUGAAUACAGGAAAUGCAAAAACGUGGAAAAGAGAAGUUAUAUGUUAUUGUGGUUUCUGAGUUAUCUCUUCUGAGAAGGAAAAAGAAACUCAGAACACAAAAGAUGGUUCAUCAUUGUGAACUAUUUCUAUCCAUUUGCAUCACUUGUUAUACUGUGAAUA